AAUUUAUCGAUUCUUCUCCAUCGUGCUUCUGAUUUUUUUUUCUUUAAUGGAUCAAAAUUAUCAAAAUCUGAACGAUGAUAAUGGCUUCUCUCGCGACUUCCAUAAGCGGAAGUUUCAAUAUUCUGGUUUCAUCAUCUUCAACAAGAAAUGGGUAUCCUUUAAUCUCCUAUCAAAACCCGAGAUUCGUCUGGUUUGAGAAUAGAAGCAGACCGAUCUCUAGAACGGCGAUUUUGCGCCGAUUUGCGAUAAGUGAGUCGAGCCAAGGAGAAAAGAUAUCACCUUUAGCAUCUGGUGUAUCGCCGGGUUUAUAUUCUGCUCAGACUUUUGAAUUGACGCCUCAAAAUGUUGAUUUGGUGCUUGAGGAUGUGAGGCCGUUCUUGAUCUCCGAUGGUGGAAACGUCGACGUUGUCUCCGUUGAAGAUGGAGUUGUUUCUCUUAAACUCCAAGGAGCAUGUACUAGUUGUCCAAGUUCUUCAACAACCAUGACAAUGGGAAUAGAGAGGGUACUCAAGGAAAAGUUUGGAGAUGCUUUGAAAGAUAUUCGACAAGUUUUUGAUGAAGAAGUAAAUCAGAUAACCGUAGAGGCAGUGAAUGCUCAUCUUGAUAUACUGAGGCCAGCGAUCAAGAACUACGGCGGAAGUGUGGAAGUUUUAUCAGUUGAAGGCGAGGACUGCGUUGUAAAAUAUGUUGGACCAGAAUCGAUUGGAAUGGGAAUACGAGCAGCUAUUAAAGAAAAGUUCAAGGACAUAUCUAAUGUAACCUUUACAAGCUAGAAAGCAUGAAGAAACUCACUAUAUUAUG